CAACGCACACAACAGCUGACUGUGUGUUGGCAACGCGAUGUCGAUACCUUAUGUAUUGACAACGUAAACACAAUUUGAUAUCAGUUAUAUUAAUAGAUAAGAGAAUUCUUUGAACAAGAAAAUUUUAAUCAUUAGCUGCCCAAUUACUUAACCUUAAACAUGUUGAAGGCCAUAAUAUUGAUUGGCGGCCCCCAAAAGGGCACCCGGUUCCGCCCACUGUCGCUGGAUACGCCCAAGCCACUUUUCCCGGUCGCCGGACGCCCUUUGAUUGCUCAUCAUAUCGAAGCCUGUGUGCAGGUGAAGGAGCUGCGUGAGAUCCUCAUUAUUGGCUUUUACCCACAAACGCAAAUGGAAGGCUUUGUCAGCGACAUGCAGGCGCUCUACAGCAGCAGCAACAUUAACAUCAGGUAUCUGCAGGAGUUCACCUCGUUGGGCACGGCUGGUGGCAUGUAUCACUUCCGCGAUCAGAUACGGGCUGGCAAUCCGCGCGCGUUUUUCGUGCUCAACGGCGAUGUCUGUGCGGACUUUCCGCUGCAGGAGCUGUACAGCUUCCACGUGGAGAGGCCCGCGAGCGCCUUGGUGACGAUCAUGAGCACGGAGGCGACGCGUCAGCAAUCGCUCCACUAUGGCUGCCUCGUCUUCGAUCGUGCAAGUGGUGCCGUGUCGCAUUAUGUUGAGAAGCCCAGCUCGUAUGUCUCCACGUACAUUAAUUGCGGCGUCUAUGUCUGUUCCAUGGACAUCUUUACGAAGCUCGCGCAGAUCUUUCACGCGAAGGGUGAGGAGUACGGCUGCAUCAGCUACAGCAAUGGCAACGGCAACGGCAAUGGCAACGGCAAGGAUCAGGGUCACAUUAAGUGGGAGCAAGAGGUGCUCACUCCUCUAGCCGGCACCGACAUGCUCUUCGCCAUGCCUGUGCCCAAUUGGUGGUCACAGCUGAAGACCGCCGGAUCGGCCAUCUAUGCCAAUCGGCAUUAUCUCGAUCUCUAUAAGCGCACCCAUCCCGAGCGUUUGGCCAAUGUGGGCAACAAGCGGGGUGAGGGCGAUGGCAAUCUGAUAUGCACCGUCUAUCCAGAUGUCUACGUGCAUCCUAGUGCUACGGUCCAUCACUCGGCUGUGCUUGGUCCCAAUGUGGCCAUAGGUCCGGGCGUUACGAUCGGUCCUGGUGUUCGCAUACGCGAGUCCAUUGUGCUGGAGCAGGCGCAGAUCAAGGAUCACACGCUCAUCCUCCAUUCGAUUGUGGGGCGUGGCUGCAGCAUUGGCGCCUGGACCAGAGUCGAGGGCACGCCCAGCGACCCGGAUCCAAACAAGCCAUUUGCCAAAAUGGAAAAUCCGCCAUUGUUCAACAAUGAGGGCAAACUGAAUCCAUCGAUAACUAUAUUGGGCUGCUUUGUGCAAAUACCCGCCGAGAAGAUUCUGCUGAACAGCAUUGUCCUGCCGCACAAGGAGCUCAGUCGAAGCUUCAAGAACGAAAUUAUUUUGUGAAAAGCCGUUGGAUGCCCUCGCGAUCCCGUUUCUUCUUUAUUUAUAUAAUCAUGUAUUUUAUAUAUUAAAUAUGAUCAGUGUGCUAAUCGAUAUUUGUAUUGUGCAAUAAUCCUUAAAAAAUCGUGCUUUGGCCAGUUCAGUAAUUAUUUUAUACGUAUUUUUUGGCAACAACUUUACGAUAUUGGCGUUUGUUUUAGCCAGUGCUGCAUAAUGAU